GCGGUGCUGGAUCUCUCCUCUUCGCGUACGUUGUCGCUAGGGUUUUGUAAAGGGUUCUUCCCUCCUCCAAUCGACGGCGGCAGCAGCGGCUGGCGAGCCCCGUCCGGCGAACUCCCUGACGCCCUGACCAUGGCGGACACAAAGGCAGUGACUAUCCGCACGAGGAAGUUCAUGACGAACCGUCUCCUCGCCCGGAAGCAAUUCGUGAUCGACGUGCUCCAUCCUGGCAGAGCUAAUGUCUCCAAGGUCGAACUGAAGGAGAAAUUGGGGAAGAUGUAUGACGUUCGUGACCCCAACACGAUCUUCGUCUUCAAGUUCCGGACGCAUUUUGGAGGUGGCAAAUCGACGGGCUUCGGUUUAAUCUAUGACACCGUCGAAAAUGCAAAGAAAUACGAGCCCAAAUAUAGGCUCAUCAGGAAUGGGCUUGCCACAAAGGUGGAGAAGUCUAGGAAGCAGAUGAAAGAAAGAAAGAACAGGUCAAAGAAAGUUCGUGGUGUCAAGAAGACCAAGGCCGGAGAUGCGGCCAAGGCAGGAAAGAAGAAGUGAGGCGUCAGUUUUUGGAAAUUUUAUUUUCCAAUGUUUUAUCCAUUUUGGUUCUUUGAUUUUGUGAAAGGCUAGAAAUUCUAUGUCUAGAAUGCUAGAAAAUGACAUUCAACUUCAUUUUCGUUUCCAAUUUUUAGGAGAUUGAAUCUAGGAGGCAUCAUCCUCUCAUUUUUGUGCCA